AAUAAACAGCUGAUUACAAGUAAAAUGGCGAAUUACAUUUUAUUCAAUUAUUUGGAGAAAAUAAUAUUUUGAGCGUAAUCCGUCCUUAAAAAGCUCGAAUUUAUCAGAUAUCCAAAAUGCCUGGCACAAGUUUGGUAGUUCCCGUUGUAUUAUGGGGCAAAUACGCCCCGACACAUUGUAUUUCAUGUGUUUAUCUAUCGAAAGACCUCAAGACUUUGGCAACUGGAUGUUAUGAUGGCCAGAUAUGUCUGUGGCAAGUAGAUCCAGAUACCUUACAGAUGAUUCCAAGAUGUCUCUUGGUCGGUCACACAGCUCCAAUUCUGUGCAUCACAAGGGCUUCUAUGAUACAAGAUAACAAUUAUAUCGUUUCCAGUUCUGAAGCAGGUGAGAUGUGCACUUGGGAUUUAAUAGAUGGUAAAUGCAGGGAGGCAGUCAAGUUGCAACAAGUUCAUACCAAUAUGCAGGCUUAUCAUAUGUGCAACUGUGAGGAUCUACGUUUAUUCUGUAAUGGUUAUUAUCCAGAGAUUAUAGUUAUGGAUCCAUUCAGUUUGGAGAUACUCUUCAUGCUUUCCUCUAAACAAAAUCCUGACUGGAUUAGCGCCUUACACGUAUUAAGACCUGCGAAACGCAAAGACGAUGUGGUUCUGGCAUUAACCACAACUGGUAUGGUCAAAGUUUGGACUCUAACGGGGGCCGAAAAUAGACACCAAGAACCGAUUUACGAAAAUGAAAGUAAACAGAUUAGAACUUUGAAUGCGGUAUGCUUGCAAUGUUGCUGUUACAACCAAAGAACGGUUCUUGUGGUCUGCACGAAGUACUGGCAGAUUUACGAUGCAGGAGAUUUUAGUGUACUAUGUUCGUAUUUGGCUCCCCGAGGAGAGAGAUGGAUGUCUGGAGCCUUCCUGGCGAUGGACAGGAUCAUAAUGUGGUCGGACGCUGGAAAAGGGUACCUGUACAAGUUGCCAUCUAACAAGCUACGUGGCAAGAACAUUAAUAAUAGCAGUAUACCGGAUCACGCCGAGUUUCACACACCUAGCACGGAAAGCGAUAGUCCAUUUUUGUACUGUUUAUUAAAUCAACCCGAUGGAAAGCCUCUGUCUUGUCCACCAUCGAUGCAUUUCAUCACGACUACGAAACAAAACAAGCCAAAUAAAUCAAGGUAUUUGAUCAGAGGAGACUCCGAGGGACACGUGAUGGUAUGGAGUAUCCCAGAAAUAUCAGCCGCUCAAUUAGAAGAAAUCCAAAGACAAAAACUACCCCAACCGGUAACAAUGAAAGCCACUCUCACUACGAGUUUAACAGAAGCUUGGGCUGGAAUGAAGCCGAAUCCGGUCGGGAUUUUAGAUCAACUUGAGAAACAGGAAGAACACUCUGUCAAAUUAACUGCCAGUAUAUAUCUGCCUCUGCAAAGCAGACUAGUCUUAGGGAGGGAAGAUGGUACAAUAAUUAUCGUUCCUGCAAACCAAACUGUGAUGUUACAAUUACUUCAUGGGAACCAUCAACACUAUAAAGGUUGGCCACAGCAUCAGAUCCUAUCAGGACACGGAGGAAGGGUGAAUUGCCUGCUAUAUCCGCACAGAGAACACGCAAGAUAUGACAAAAAUCAUCUGGUUUCAGGCGGUGUAGAUUUUGCAGUUUGCGUUUGGGAUCUAUAUGCCGGUACAUUACUUCAUAGAUUUUGUGUUCAUGCCGGAGAAAUUACUCAGUUGCUAGUGCCUCCAAAUAAUUGUAGUGCUCGAAUACAAAAAUGCAUAUGUUCAGUAGCGUCGGACCAUUCGGUGACUUUACUCAGUCUAGCAGAAAGGAAGUGCGUAUGUUUGGCAUCAAGACAUCUCUUCCCAGUUACGACAAUUAAAUGGAGGCCUAAUGACGACUUCAUGAUAAUAGGAUGUUCCGAUGGCACAGUCUACGUUUGGCAGAUGGAGACUGGACAUUUAGAUAGAGUUUUACAAGGUAUAGCCGCAGAAGAAGUACUCUACGCGUGUGAAGAAAACGAGGCUAACAAUGCUUCGUCUGAGGUUGGAUUGGCGAACCCCGCUGUACACUUUUUCAGAGGAUUAAGGCACAGAAACUUGUCAGCAAUACGGCAUGCGACUCAACGAGGCCUCCAUCAGUUACAGAUGCUUGGAGCCCAUACGAACAAUGAUGACCCCCAUAUGCAAAGAAAUCAUAAUUCCCCUCUUUCAAUUCAAGGCCUAAGAACAAAUCCAAAAGAUCCCGAAAGCCAUAUAUUAUUCUUCGAUAUUGAAGCUCUAAUAAUCGAACUCUUAAGUGAAGAAUACGAAACAAUGUCGCCAGGAAGUCUCGAAGCAGCCGGAUUAAUAAACGCCUCAGAAUACCUCAAAGUUGCUGCUUUAACACAAAGUGCCAGUCCUGAUGCUCAUAAAAAGAUCGUAGACUUUUUCGGGAAGAUGAAAAAUAAAGCUGAAAAUAUGGAAAUGAUUAUAAAGGAAAAAGACAAGCACGGAAUUCUCGCAAAAAUGAAAGAAGGUGCAGAAACGGCAAUAGCAAAAGCAGAAAGCGUUUUAAAGCAAUCAGGAGAUCAUUUCAAAGAUGGAAACGAAGCUAAUUCAAGAAACAACAAACCGAACUCUCUCGGUCCUCUCGAAGCUAGUCAUGGAAUGGAAAUAGCUCAGCUGUUGCUAUCUUUGCUACAUUCGUGGGGUCUUGACAGCGAUUUGGAUAGAGUGUGCCAAGUUAAACUUGGCUUAUUAAGACCAAUGGUACCAAUAUCGUACGGAGUGCUGUCCAAAGCAAAUCACAUGUCACUCUUCCUACCAACUUGGCACAACACAAUUCCAGUAGAUGAAGAAUCGCUUCCUAACGAUCUAUCGAUUACGAACAGUCUACCCCCCGAACUGAUUAGACAAGAACAAGUAACUAGAAUAUUUACCUCUCGAACGCAUUGGGAAUUGAGUACCACACUUACCACCAACCAUUUGCUUGCGAUUAUUGCCUUGAGUCACACUUUAAUGUCCAUGAGCAACGCUACCUUUGUUCCUGAACAAGAAAGAAAUCGAAAGUUGCAUAGGCAGUCAACGCGUGUGAAUUGGUCAAAAACCGAUGAGGAACACGAAGAAAUGUUUACCCAACAACAAGCCCAGAUCAAACAAGGAUGGUCACUUUUGGCUACUUUACAUUGUGUGUUGUUACCGGAUAAGGCAAUAGAGCAUGGUGCAAAGAAUUUCAAACGACCGCAAGUGGAAAUGAUGGUGAAGAGGUGGCAACACCACUGCGUAGAAGUACGGGAGGCGGCGCAAACUUUAUUGUUGGCUGAAUUGUCCAGAAUGGGGCCUAAAGGUAGAAAGCUUCUGGUUGAGUCUUGGGCUCAGUACCUACCACAGUUUACCCAUAAUGAAACUAUUAACCAGCAAAUUAACUCUCCAGUGCCUCAGACGAAUGGUAAUGUCAACCAACAGCCUCACAGUCCGGAUCCAGUGGACGAAGAAUUUGAGGAAGAGGAAGAGGAACAAAUACGAAAACCAUCAAGUUUAUCAGAGCUCAAAAAGAAGCAAUCCACAGCGGUGAUCAUUUUGGGAGUGAUAGGAGCCGAGUUUGGACAGGACAUCACUUGUAGCGAUAACAAUAAGAGACGUAUGAGCGAAGAAAGAAGGAAGAGUUCCGUUGUUGAAGGUUUCGGUCCUGGCAACAACAAUUUAGCAAGACUGACUUCGAUGGCACUGUCUCAUUUACUGCUGGCGCCUCCUUCUCAAAAGUUACCAGCACACAUUCCGUUGAGACGAGCAGCCAUCGAUCUCAUAGGCAGGGGAUUCACCGUAUGGGCCCCGUUUUUAGAUAAUAGUAAAGUAUUGUUAGGUCUUUUAGAAUUAUGUUCGGAAGCAGAUAGACUGGUUCCAAGCAUGACGUAUGGUUUACCACUGACCCCACAGGCAGAUUCGUGUCGGACAGCCAGGCAUGCCUUGACUCUUAUAGCAACAGCAAGGCCAGCUGCAUUCAUUACGACGAUGGCGAAAGAAGUAGCUAGGUACAAUACCCUGCAACAAAAUGCACAAACAUUGAAUAUUAAUAUGAACAACAACGUACUACAUAAAGCGAAGCCUGAGAUUCUUAGAGGAGUAGAGCUUUUAAUAGAGAAAAUGCAGAACGAAAUGGCAGAUCUUUUAGUUGAGCUCAUGGAUAUAAUUCUGCACUGCUUGGAUCCAAGUCAAUUAAAGAACAAAGGGCUUCAGGAUGUUUUCCCUGCCGUAUGUCGAUUUAGUCAGGUUUCACAUUGUUCGCAGACAAGAAGAAUAGCAGUUGGUUCUCACACAGGAUCUUUAACUCUCUAUGAGCUACGACAAGGAAAAUGUGUGAACAUUCGAGCUCAUAGCUCUCCUGUGACUGCAUUAGCAUUUAGUCCCGAUGGGAAAUUUUUAGUUAGUUACGCUUCUGGUGAUAAUAAGUUGAGCUUCUGGCAGACUAGUACGGGUAUGUUUGGUUUGGGUCAGUCACAGACGAAGAACGUCAAAUCUUAUAGCACAGCUCCUAUAGCGGACGUAGCCCGUCUGAAUCCAAUGCGACUAGCCCGCUUGAUAUGGAUGAACAACAGAACAGUAUCCCUGAUGCUAGCGGACGGAUCCGAAACCAGAUUUAAUGUGUAACGGACAGAGAACUUAGGUUAUGUGGCCUUUAAGUCUUAUGAACGUAACGUUACCUUUCAAAUCGUUGUGUAAUGUUUUACCUUGCACAGUUCUAUGGUAUUAGUUGUCAGUAAUUUUAUUACUUUGAUUUUGUGUAGUGAUAUUUUAUCGAGAAUCUACUUCCAUGGUCUUUCAACACCUUAGGCCUAUUUUCCAAGUGUGUGUUGUAGUAAAUACCAUAUUUUAGAAAUUAAUAUGGUACUGGGUGCCAUUGAUGUACAGAAAGGUCCGUUUGUAACGGAUGGAACACGAAGCAACUGCGUAUUGAUUAUACAGGGUGUUUCAAAAAAGGUAACACCGUCUCUAGGAUAGAUAAAAAACUGAAAAAUCAUUGGGGUUUGCUUAGUAAAAUUUUUUUGAAACGCCAUCCUUUUUUAAGAUACAGGGCAUUGAAGAAAAAGAAUUACACAUUUUUUACAAUUUUGCCGAAACUACUGGAAACAUUGUAAUGAAAUUUUAUACGAAUAUGUUUUUUUAUCUAACUCUCAUAGAGGGGGCUAGUUACAAGGUUCGUAUCAAGUAUUAUUCAACAUAACUUUUUUAAGGGUAGAAUUAUUAAUCAAGUGAACUUAAACAUCGUACAAUCUUACACCAAAAAGGUAUUCUUGGUAAAACUCGAUACUGUGUACCGUUUUCGGAAUAUUUUGAUUUGAAAAUUAUGAAAUAAUAACCGAUGCUGGAUAAAGUAAUGGUAAAGUUAUUAAUUAAAAAAAAAUAAUCACAAAAAGAAAAUUAAAAUAAAGUCCGAUAACAUAACAUAAAAUGCAAUUAUAUAGUCGAUUCGCGAAUCUGAGACACAACUCUCUUCACUACAAUCACAAUUAAGAUGCACUAGAAAUAAACAAGCAUGAGGAGCACCCCCAAUCAUGAUUUGGGAGUGGUCCUCGAACAUUCAACGUGACUUGGUUUGUUUAUUUUUAUCUAGUGCAUUUUUAUUGUGAUUGUAGUGUAGACAGUUGUGUCUCAGAUUAGCGAAUCGACUAUAGUAAGUGUUCAAAUUGUCCUCCGUUUUCACGAAUACAAAGUCUAUCCUUUUUUCUAAAAAAUCCAUUAAUCUUCUAAAAGGUUGGGGACCAGCUAUGAUGUAAAGUGACGUUGAAUUCUGCCUUCCAAUUCUUGACGUGAAUUUACCUCUGAAACAUAGACUUUUUCCUUAUCAUACGACUAAACUGUGUAGUCCAAAGUAUCCAUAAAUUUCAAAUUAAAAUAUUCCUAAAACGGUACACAGUAUCAUUACCAAGACUAGCUUUGUGGUAAAAAAUUGUAUGAUGUUUAGGUGCACUUGGAAUUUUGAUUAAUAAUACCCUUAAAAAAGUUAUGCUGAAUAAUACUUGGUACGAACCUUGUAACUAGGGCCCUCUAUGACAGUCAGAUAUAAAAACAAAUGCAUGGGAUGUAUAAGCUUCCAAAACAUAUUCGUAUAAAAUUUCACUACAAUGAUGCCAGUAAUUUCGGCAAAAUCGUAAGAAAUAUGUUAUUUUUUUCUUCAACUUCCUUUAUGUUGAAAAGAUAUGGCACAUGACGUUUCAAAAAUUUUUUACUAAGCAAACCCCAAUUAUUUUUCAAUUUUUUACAUAUCCUAGAGACGGUGUUAUUUUUUUUUGAAACAACCUUUAUAAAAAUGUCACGAUUUAAGCGAAAUUAUUCCAAUCGUUUAGGAUUGAGAAAUUUUUUGCCCAUUUGCUUUCAUAAUCACAACUAUUUUUAACAUAUUUUUACGAAAACGUGUCAAACAAGAGUUAUAAGUAAAAAUUUUUAUGUAUUCAUCAUAUCAUUAACUGAGUAAUAUUUUUAAUAUUGAUAACUUGUGCUUCAAGUUAAUUUUUAAAUAUUUUUACGACAGUCUACAACAAAGUGCCAUCAUAUCCUUAUGAGAUUAAGGACCAAAGUGGAUGGUGAAGGGCAAGCGUUCCUAGUAGUAUGUAAAUGUUAACAGUUAUAAAUAAAAGCGUUAAUAAAAUAUUCCAUUUGACCGCGAUUUUAAAGAAAAAUUGACAUUACCAUACGCUGUGUGCUUUGGAUCCCACUAUUACAAUGUACCUGGUAUAAAAUUUUUGUUGUACAUAGUUGAAAGAGAAAAUGUAGAUGUAAAUUAAUUUAGUUUUGGUGUAAAAUGUCUUAGUUCUUACUAGGAUUUAGAUUAAAAGCAAUAAUGAAAUUAGGACAACAACCAGGAAUAAAAGCCAUAUUGGAACACAAUGAAAUGCUACAGACAAGAA